AUGAAGGUGGACUUGGGCGUCCUCGCCCUCUUCGUGGCCCUGGUGGGCGUUUCAAGCUUCGUCUUCCUCGUGGUGGCCAUCGCGACGGACUUCUGGUACAUCAUCGAUGCCUCCAAGCUGGAGACGUCCCGCAACGGCACGGACGCCCUCAGCUCGCACUCGGGUCUGUGGCGGACCUGCCGCGUGAGGAGCGAAUGUUACCCUUUGAUAAACCCCUUCUGGCCUGAGAAUACAAACAUUACUGAUUCACACAGACAGCUUUUGUACAUGCACGGAACAUUUGUCAUCCUGAUGCCCCUCAGCCUGAUAUUGAUGAUUUUUGGAGGAAUGACUGGAUUCAUCAGUAUUCUCGCCAGGGCCUACCUACUGCUUCUAAUGACGGGACUGCUUUUUCUUUUUGGAGCUCUUGUUACACUUACUGGGAUCAGUGUCUAUAUUGCAUAUUCAGCUGCAGCCUUCGAAGAAGCUGUCUGUCUCCUGAGGAGUAAGGAUCUCCUGGUAGAAAUUGACAUCAGGUUUGGCUGGUCACUGGCACUAGUAUGGAUCUCCUUUGUUGCAGAAGUGCUCACCGGGGCUGUGUUUCUCCUGGCAGCAAGAGUUGUGGGUCUGAAACAGCGACGUGAACAGGCGUUAUGA